UUCCAUGCAAACAAAGUAAAAGAAAAAAGCUACUGCAAGGGGGCCUGGAGCAGCCGGCUUCUUGUAAAUUAAACAAAGAUAUCAACGAUUUCUUGGCUGAUUGUUUUGUCAUUCUCUUCAUUCUCGUUUCAUAUUUCACUAUAAAUAUAAGAGAUUGAAGGAUGUAAUUAUACAUGUAUAUAAGAUAAACAGAGUAAUCUUAAAAGGCAACAGCUUCGACAUGGCGAUUAGAAUGAGCAACAAGACUACUGCAAUGCUUCUUAACUUGAGCUUCUUGUUGUCUCUGAUCCUCAUUGCGUCCAUGGCUGAAAGCAGACUCUUCAGCUUUGGAGGGUUCUUGAAGCCAACUGAUAAGAGCCCAGAAUGUGAUCAAGUGUUUGGUGCGAGGAGUGGAGAUACAUGCUUUGGGAUUUCCCAGAUGUUCAAUUUAACUCAGGACUCGUUUGAUGCAAUCAACCCUAAUCUCGACUGCGACAAACUGUUUGUGGGUCAAUGGCUUUGUGUUUCUGGUUCUGCUAAUUAAUUACUUACUUAAUUAAGAAUAAAAGCUUCUUAUAAUAACGAGGCUUCUUAUGAUCAAGACGCUUCGAUCUGUUUCUUUUUUCUUUUUCAAUAAGUCUUGAUAAACUUUGUAAGCUGAAGCUCCGAAAAGGAGACAGAUUGUUUCUUAUAUCAAGAUGUUGCAGUUUCUUUCUAA